AUGGUGGAAGCUUGGAGGGCGCAGCACAGUGAGCACCGUACACCGACCAAAGGUGGCAUCCGUUACGCCGAAGACGUAUGCGAGGACGAAGUGCGUGCUCUGUCUGCUCUGAUGACAUACAAAUGCUCCGUGGCUGAUGUGCCAUUCGGCGGUGCCAAAGGAGGCGUGAAGAUUGAUCCGAAGAAGUACACGGAAUACGAAAUCGAAAAAAUCACUCGCCGCAUUUCGGUUGAAUUUGCCAAGAAAGGCUUCUUAGGCCCCGGCGUCGACGUGCCGGCGCCGGAUAUGGGAACCGGCGAACGAGAGAUGGGGUGGAUCGCAGAUACGUAUGCGCAGACGAUUGGGCAUCUCGAGAACGAUGCUUCUGCUUGCGUCACGGGAAAACCGAUCGUCGCAGGAGGUAUUCAUGGACGAACAUCGGCCACUGGACGAGGAGUGUGGAAGGGAUUGGAAGUGUUUCUAAACAAUGACGAGUACAUGUCGAAAAUUGGGAUGUCACCAGGAUUCCAAGGAAAAACAUUCAUCGUACAGGGAUUCGGGAAUGUAGGCUUACACACGACUCGUUAUUUCCACCGAUCGGGAGCCAAAUGUAUUGGUGUGCAGGAGUUGGAUUGUUCGAUCUACAAUCCGGACGGUAUCCAUCCACGCGAACUUGAGGAUUAUCUCAUCGAGCAUGGUACUAUUAAGGGAUAUCCAAAAGCCAAAGCUUACGAGCCACACACAGACCUCAUGUACGAGCAAUGUGAUAUUCUGGUGCCGGCAGCAUGCGAGAAAGUCAUCCACAAAGGGAAUGCCGGGAAAAUCAAAGCCAAGGAUCUGAAUCAUGUGAGCUUCGGACGUCUCACAUUCAAGUACGAAAAGGACUCCAAUUAUCACUUAUUGGACAGCGUGCAGGAGUCGCUGAAACGCUCACUACACAAGGAAAUCAAGAUUGAGCCGACGGUUGAAUUCAAGAAUCGUAUAUCGGGAGCCUCCGAGAAGGACAUCGUGCAUUCUGGGCUGGAGUACUCCAUGCAGCGUUCCGGUAUCUCAUGCUUUAUCAUGAUUCUCACCUUUUUGAUAGUUCUUGCGAAACUAAUUGUAAAUCAUCGUCGUUGCAUCCUUUGCUAA